AUCAAACACACUGAAGAUACUGAAGAACUAACAGAGUUAAAUGAAGAAAAUGAGGAGAAUGAAGAAUUUAGUGAAGUUGAGGAAAGAAAGUGUGACAAAAGUAGAGAAAAACCUUUGAGUUGCUCUCAAACCAAACAGAACGAUUUAAAGAAAAGAAGAGCCAAGAAAUCUUUCACCUGCACUCAGUGUGGAAAGAGUUUGACAAGCAAAUAUAAUCUUGAUCUUCACAUGAAAGUUCAUACUGGAGAGAAACCAUACACUUGUGAUCAGUGCGAGAAGAGUUUCUCACAAUCAUCAAGCCUUAAGAGACACAUUAAUAUUCACACUGGAGAGAAACUGUACACAUGUGAUCAAUGCGGGAAAACGUUUUUGUGGGCUUCAAACCUGAAUAAUCACCUGAGAGUUCAUACAAAGGAGAAGCCACAUUCAUGUUAUUUGUGUAGAAAGAGCUUUUCACAUCUACAAAGUUUGAAAUUACAUCAGAAAAUACAUACUGGUGUGAGAGAGUACAUGUGCUUUGAGUGUGAAAAGACUUUUACUACAGCGCAGCAUUUAAAACUGCAUGAGAGGAUUCACUCUGGAGAGAAACCGUACAAGUGUUCACACUGUGACAAGAGAUUCAGUCAGUCAGUAGACCUAAAAACACAUGAGAGGAUUCACACUGGAGAGAAACCUUACAAGUGUUCACACUGUCACAAGAGAUUCAGUCAUUCAUCAAAUCUGAAAACACAUGAGAUGAUCCACACUGGAGAGAAACCUUACAAGUGUUCACACUGUGACAAGAGAUUCAGUCAGUCUUCAAAUCUGAACACACAUGAGAGG